UGUUCAACAGGAUUUGCAGUUUGGAAUAUCCGGAAAUGUAAACAUUCAUUCGCUUCCGGUGGAAUAAGUGUCUUGAUAAUAACAGAGGGCGCUCACGUGAGCAUCUGUCAUGCUGUAGAUGCUGUGAGCAUUGUGGCGUUAAAACAGACGCUUCUUAUUCAUGACAAAAAGAUUGCAAACCAGGUGAAAAAGCGUUAGAAAAAUGGUGUGAGUGGGUGAAAAAGAUAGAAAAUGACAACACGAGUGAAGAGUUUGGUAUGCUGGUCAUUAUUCAGGGUUCUAGUGCCUCUGAUCCUGUUAGCAGCAUGUGUGGUGAGGUACAAUGCAUUGUCCUUCCUGUAUGUGAUAUUUCUGUUGGUAUGUCCUCUGCUCAGGUCACCGACAGAGUUCACUAUAAAAGGUGGAACAGGACUCUAUCUGAAGCUUCUUAUUGUGCUUGGAGCUCUUGGUACCCUAGCUCAUAUUAUUUUCCACAUCACUUUAGCAGCUCUGGAUAAACCAUAUGGAUUUGAUUUUGCAAACUAUGUUGGUUAUCUUCAUUUUUCUAAGCUGUCCAUAAGUUGUCUGAAAGGAGGUGUCUCUACAAAAUCAGGAAUUUCCUCUAGUUCAGGAAAUUUUUCAAUAAGUGGUUCAACAAAUGAUAAUAUUUCAAGACAGAUUGCUGUAGAAAGGUUGGAUGGUGUACCAGCAAUUAAUAUAAUCCGCCUAGUAGUCCCUGACCUUGCUGUUCUUAUUACAGCCAUCUUAGUCUUUGUGAUCUGUUACGUUCUGCUCAAGGUUCCUGAAGGACAAGAAACAGAAUUACCAACAGCAGUCAGCAGAACCCGCCGAAAACGAACAGAAAGAUUUUUACAUUUCUUUGGGACAUUCUUGGUGUUAUUAUUUUUGGCAGCUAGCGGUAUUAUCGUGCCUUCUAUUUUGGGAGCUUUUUACUUCCUGUCAUUCCUGUACAUAUCAACAUGGUGGGCUUUUUAUAACGCUCUUGGAUAUAAAUUUGCUGUGUAUAGAUUUGUUGUACUUGUGUGGAGUGGCCUUCACCUUUGUGUCUUACAUCUGUACCAGUUCCCGUUUUUCCAGGAUUUGGUUGAUCCUAAAUCUCUUGAAGCAAGAAUAAUAGGACUAACAGGUAUCAUCAAGACUGACUGUGAAAGAACUUGGUAUGUUGACUUCCAUGAUGCUAGUCAAUGGCCUUGGUUUGUCAAUCCUGGAAUCCUGUUACUGUUGUACUUCACACUAGCUAUAGAAAGCAGGCAGUGGUUACAUCGUAAGGAACUCAUAAUCAUAGAGGAACCAAAAGCAAGAACCCGUAGUAAAAAAUCAAGAAAAUCUUCAGAACGGCAGGUAGCCCUACAGGAUCUUAGCCAAAGAGAGCGAUUGGUUGAAAAUGAGAAUGCAUCAUAUAGUACCUUUGACAAGGAAGGUUCCCCAGCUAUGUCUGCAGCUUUUGAAUCUGAUGAAGAUGAAGCUGACGGUGACACUAAACCAGCCAAGAAGAAAAAACAAGUGAAAGAAGAUGUCAAACGUCCUUAUAUGGUGUCCAUCUUUGUUUAUGCAAUGAAACAGAGUUACGUUUUAGCUCUGAUUGCAAUGAUGGCCUGGAGUAUCACUUUCCACAGUUGGUUGACUUUUGUAUUACUGUUGGGAGCUUGUAUAGUGUGGAUGGUUCCAAAGUCUCGUGAGCUGACCUUAUGUAUAUCUCCAUUGCUGGUUGUGUAUGGAGAAUGUCUGCUGAUAAUUCAGUAUGUCUUUGGAAUGAAUUUGAAAAACGAGCUACCAGAAGUAGUAAAUGGAGUGAAAUUGAAUGAGGUUGGACUGAAGACCUUUCCUUACCCAUGUUUACAACUUGCUGUACAGAUCCUAUUUACAGCUAUGUUUUGGUUGACACUACGACAGUUUAUGAGAGAAAGAAAAGAAAGAAAGUACCAUCUUGGAUAUCAAAUGGAAGAUGUGUCUCCUAAUGGUGAUUCACCACAGUCGCCGUCUGCUCGGUCAUUCUUUAACUCCCAAUUGUUAGACUCUGAAUCAACAGGUUUUCCUUCAAGAGUGGAUAGUGUUGAUGGUUAUGACAGUAGUACUAUGAAAAAAAUAGGGAAAUACAUGUGGAGUGUGCUAGCUAAGUACUGGAUAUUUGUAUGUGCUGUAAUGAUGCUACUGAUCUCCAUACAGGAAGUGGUUAUUUAUAGAAUCAUUUAUAUGAUCCUUUUCCUCUUCUUUGUACUGACCUUCCAGUUGAGUUACAGACUAUGGAGGCUCACCAUGUUUUUAUUCUGGUGGAUAGUAAUUAUCUAUUCUAUGGCUGUUUUGAUUAUCCUGUAUACCUACCAGUUUAGUGACUUCCCAAUGUACUGGAAAAAUGGAACACAUCUGUCAGAUGAUGUACUGAAAGAUAUAGGACUAGAACAGUUUAACACAGCCACCCUGUUUGUGAAGCUGCUGACACCAACAAGUUUUCUGAUUGUUAUCAUAUUGCAGGUCCAUUAUUUCCACAAGGAAUUCCUUACAAUCAGUGACUUAAACAGAUAUGUGAAAGAUUCAGAAGAAGUAGACACUCAGCCUCCUGGUCCUGCAAUCUCUGAUACAGAAGGGGGUACCACAACUGAUACAGAUCAUGUGGUCUAUACCAAGACUAAACGAUGGAGAAGGAAGCUAACAGAGUGCUGGAAUAAACUAUGGCAGCUGUGUAGUGAUUGGUGGAAAAUUUUGUCUGAAAUUUUCUGGAGACUGAUGGAGAUUCACAUUUUUAAAAUUGUUGUCUUUGUCAUCAUUAUGGUUGCAGUUCAUGAGGUGACUGCUGUGAGUGCUGUAUAUGUAUUUUUCCUAGCGAUAUUCCUACCAAUUACUGGAGCAUGGCCUUGUAUGGCAGUUAUCUGUCAGUUCUGGACUGCCAUAGUAUUGCUGGCAAAGACCAUCUAUCAGCUGAAUCUUGUCGAGAAAGAUUACUGGAUCACAAACUGCACUGCAAAUUUCAGUAUGGAGCCACCCAUCAUACCUUUAGGUCCUACAGUGAAUUCAUCCUCCAGUGUUGUAAACUCAUCUGGUUCCCCAUUAUUAGCCAAUUCAUCUGGAUAUAACAGUAUAAGUGGUGGAACAGGUUUGUCUGCUUCCAAUGGUGUCACACCAGAUACUAAUGGAACAAUUAACCAAGCAUUGUGGGUAGGAUUUGCAAAGACCAGUAACCUGUCUUAUUAUCUUAGUAACUACAUAGGAAUUCUGUUGAUACUUGUUCUGUACAAGCUAAUAAAAUGUCAUCAGUCACAAUAUUAUAAGAAACCUAGUGUAACCAGACCAUCACCAGGAGUUAUCUUUCUUGAAAUCAAAAGACAAGAGGCAGACAGAGGCUUACUUCGUUGCUCUAAAUACUUUGCCAACUUUUUCUUCUAUAAGUUUGGAUUGCAGUUAUGUUACAUCAUGUUGGCAGUAACCAUUUGUGUCCGGGUGGAUGUUUACAGUGUCAUCUAUGCUGUCAUUCUUGGAAUACUUCUGGUACUCAGUAGGAGAGGGAAUGCUUUGAUAUGGCCAUUGAUAACCAUCAUUCUAGCUGUUAUGUUACCUUUGGAGUUCCUCAUUUGUCUGGGGCUACCCAAAGGGUUGUGUAUUGAAUAUCCUUGGUCUUACAUUGAGAUCUUUGAGAGAAACUUGGAAAAAUGGCUGUAUCUGCCUGACUAUAACUUCCCACCAAGAGCUAUCAAACUUAUUGCCGAUACAAUUCAACUUUUGUUGAUUUGCCUACAGUGGCAAGUAUUCCGACGCGAAUCAAGUGAAGGAGAUUUGCACCCAGGAGGUUCCAAUAAGGAUAUUCUAGAAGAAGUUGAGGCCAGUACUCCAAUUAAUGUUCCUGACUUUACUGGCCAUGCCAAGUCAUACCUUGAUGUGUUGAAGAUAGGCUUCUUCACCUAUAUGUACUGGGUAACAUUGUUUAUCAUGUUCAUCACUGGUGCUACAAGGAUAAACCUGUUCAGUAUGGGUUAUGUGAUAGCUGUGUUUGUGUUUAUGUGGUAUGGACAGGAGUUCUUAUUGCUACGUCUGAGGGUUAUCAGGAGAAGAUGGAACAUGCUGAUUGGUUACACUUUCUUUGUACUGUUUAUGAAAGCCGUAUUACAGCUUCUUGGUUGUGUAUAUAUAGACAAGCUAUAUACAGACCAGUGUUGGCUGAUUCAGCUCUUAGGCCUGACUUGUCUCAACCCAUCUCACAUAUUCAAUACAGGUGAUUGUAAGGUUGAAGAAGAUGACACUGGGUUGGCGUGGGAUGUGAUUUGCUUCACAUUCCUCCUACUACAAAUGAGGAUAUAUAACAGUCAUUACUUCAGACAUGUUGUAGUUAUGAAUCAGGCCCAACACAAUCUUGCUUCUAGAGGAGCAGAACUGAUUAACCAAACAUUAAUAGAGAGUGUUCUGAAACAAAAGGAAGAAGAACGUCAAGUGUUAGACAACAUAAAGAAAAAAAUGGAUGCCAUCAAAGAAAAACAGAAACAUGUCAAAAAAGACUUUGUUGUGCCUGAUGAACAUUUUCAGACUAUCAGAUCUGGUGAUUACUAUUUGUUUGAGGAGGAGAGUGAAUCAGAAGAGGAAGUUGGAGGUAAAAAGGUCAAGGACAGUAUUACUUUUGGUCAAGAUGAUGAAGAAGAUGAAACACCCAAUCCUUUACAGCUAAUAUCAACUGCAAUGCAUUCUGGUACUGAUGCAGCAAUAGAUCAAGCUGAAGGUGCUGAAGAUAAGUGCAAAGAUGAACAGACAAAGGAUAAAGAGCAAGAGGAUGAAGAUGAAGAAGAAGAUAUUAUCGACAAAACUGGAACAGUUCUGAAGUUUAUACAAAAACUUUUGGAAAGUUUGUGUGAUUCAAUCAUAGAAACAUGUAAUAAUAUUUCUAAGAACUACAGAAUGGUUGCUGACCAACUUGAAGAUGAGAUGAACAAGGAAAGACAAGGAAUUAGACGCUCUCUAAAGUUACAUCAUGAGUCUGGGCACAAAUCUUUAGAAAUGGAGGACCAGUCUAUUGAAUUAGAAGGUCGAAUGGAUGGGUCAGCUGAUGAUGGACAACCUAGAAGUACAGAUCUUGUAUCAAUACAUGUUACGUCUGCUGAUGCUGAUGUGAAGAAGACACCCAGUGAAGAUUCUCUUGAUGGAAAGAAGCAGGAUAAGUUUGAGCAGAGUAAAUCCAAGGUGUACCUCCUUCUGGAAGCUUUGUAUUACCUCCUCAUCUCACGGACAGAACUUAUCUGUUAUUUCCUUAUGAUACUUGACCAAAUUGUCUAUGCCAGCUUGUUGUCUUUGCCACUUCCAUUGAUGGUCUUUCUCUGGGGCAUGUUAUCAGUGCCACGCCCAUCAAAGAGCUUUUGGAUUACUGCUAUAACUUACACUGAGGCUAUCAUUGUGGUGAAGUAUCUGUUCCAGUUUGGUUUCUGGCCUUGGAACAAAGACCAGACUAACUUAGAACCAUUUUAUCCACCAAGGAUUAUUGGAAUAGAGCAGAUUGAUGGAUACGCUACUGUUGAUCUUAUACUGCUGUUAGCUCUGUUUAUACAUAGAUCUAUACUCAAGAGAUAUGGUUUAUGGAAGGAUGCUGAGGAGAUAAACUCUGACUUUGAUAAGGUAGAGGAAAAAAUAUCACCACAUGGAUCUCCUGCACCUAAAAGGGAGGAUACAGAGUUAGUAGUGUCUGGCAGUACUGCACAGACCUCUGGAACACACAGUAGUAUAGAGGAAAGUCUAGAGGAUCCAAAUGGCAAGAAGAAAAAGGCAGAAAUGUCUACGUUUGGCAAGAUAGUGAACCCUUUCAAGGAGUUUUAUAACCAGGUGACCAAUCCAGAUUACAAUGCAACAACAGAUGUGUAUGCCUCCAUGUUUUUCUGUGAUUUUAUCAACUUCUUCAUAGUAGUGUUUGGUUACACAGCAUUUGGACCACAGCAAUCAGUUGGAACUGGAGAUGUCUCAUCCUACAUCCAAGAAGACAAAGUACCUAUACCCUUCCUGAUCAUGUUGGUAGUACAGUUUAUCCUCAUCAUUAUAGACCGUGCCCUGUAUCUGAGGAAGAACGUUCUAGGGAAGUUUAUCUUCCAGAUUGUACUUGUUAUACUGUUACAUGUAUGGAUGUUCUUUGUUUUACCUGAAGUCACAAAAAGGAAGUUUUCCGAGAAUAGACCAGCACAGCUAUGGUAUUUUGUGAAAUGUGUUUACUUUGGGUUGUCAGCCUAUCAGAUUAGAUCUAGCUAUCCCACUAGGAUUCUUGGUAACUUCCUCACCAAGAGUUACAACUACCUUAACUUGUUCUUGUACAAAGGGUUCUUGGCUAUCCCAUUCCUAUUGGAAUUGAGAGUUUUAAUGGACUGGAUAUGGACAGAUACUACAAUGGCAAUAGGAAGCUGGCUACAGAUGGAAGAUAUCUAUGCUAAUGUGUAUCAGCUCAAAUGUUGGAGGGACAUUGAAAGGAAUUAUCCCACUCCUCGUGGAUUUAAGAAAAAAUCCCUGAUAAAGUAUGGAGUAGGAGGAUUACUGUUGAUUCUUAUUAUCUUUAUAAUCUGGUUCCCACUUGUCAUCUUCUCAUUCGCUAAUACAGUCUUCAAGGUCAACCCACCAACAGAAUGUACAGUUACCAUGACAGUAAAUGGAUUCCAGCCUAUUUAUAAGAUGACAGUACAGACAGAAGGGAUUAGAGCUUUAUCUUCUGCUGAGUACAAGACCCUCAAAGAGACAUUCAAUGGAAAUCUGAAUGCCAUAGCCUUCUUGACGGCAUAUGAACCAGAAGAUAUUACAGAGAUACAGUUGAAUGGACAGUCCACAUCAUUGUGGGGAAUAAGUCCACCUAGUAAAGACGAACUUAUCAAACAGUUAGCCAGUUCCAAUAAAGCUAGAUUGGAAUUCCAUGCUUCUUUCUUGAGGACUCCUGCCUCAGCAUCAGCUGCGGAUACAUUAUCCUUCCAGAUAGUUAGAACUUUAGACAGUACAGAGCAAACAACAUUGAGAGAUAUACUAAUCAAUACAACACAGACACCAUUGGUGAUAUCAAAAUUAUUCCCCAGGUUUUUGAAGUUACCAAGCAAGGGUUCAGCAGCUGGCAUCAAGACAUUAAAUGAUGCUGUUGGUCUGAGUAAAGUUCAGUUGAACUUACAAGGAAAUGAUCCUAUAGUUGAAUGGUGGAAAGUUGAUGAGUUAAUGACUGGUACAGUUAUAUCUCCCAGUCCUGGGAAACCAGAUAAUGUUGUCCAUCAUAUUUCACUUAUAACCUUCAAUGCCAGAGUGGCGCCAUCUGGAUUUAGUUUCAUAACAAAUUAUGGAAUUAUUGGACUAUAUAUUUCUGCUGUGCUUGUGAUUGGCAGAUUUGUACGAGUGUUUUUUAGUGGUUCGUCAGAAGUUAUAAUGUUCUUAGAACUGCCAAACGUAGACUAUGUCCUCAACCUGUGUCUGGAUAUUUAUAUGGCCAGAGAGUGUCAUCAGUUCAGAUUAGAAGAGGAUUUAUUUGCCAAACUCAUAUUCAUAUACAGAUCUCCAGCAACUAUGAUUAAAGUGACGAAACUUAAACUGGAAUGAAAAAAAUGUUUGUAAAUUCGUUUUAAAAUUAUAUAAGGAUGAUAUUAAAAUUUGUAAUUUGGUUAGUGGAAAUGUAUACCUUGGGUAUGUAGAAAUAGGGAGAUGUGGUCAAGUUGCCAAUGAGACAACUAUCUGCCAAAGUUAAAAGUGGAUGUAAGUAAUUGUUAGCAAACCUACAACCUAUAACAAUAAGAAAAACCCAUACCAUACGGUUUCAAGAAGAAAUAAAUUGCUUUGUCUCAUUUUUGGAGGGAAUUUGUACUCACAAGCCCUCUGCCAAAAUUUGAAUACUAUAUCUUGACCGAUGUCGAAAAGUAAAACAUACAAUAAGAAACUUGUACAGUGCAGCUAAAAACAUAAUAAACAUUGAAAUGAUUGUUUACUUUUGUAAGCAGAAAAGAAUGGCUUUGAAAACCAAUACUCCCUAUUAAAACCUACAUACUAACUCAAGGUAUAUAUCCUCCACUUAGUUUGCUGAACAUGUGUGUAAGUGCAAUAAUAGUCUUCUAUGAAUUAAUCUUGUUGAAAUUAUUUAUGUGUUAAUGAUUUUCAAGUAAUAAGUCUCUAAAAUUUCAAAACCAUUUAUAUUUAUUUCGUGGAGAAAAAUCAGAUCUCUCAUUGAGCUCGGUGAAUGAAUUGUUUUUGACUGUACAUUAUUUAUUAUCUAUUUUAUUCAUAUCUUUUUAAAAGAGUUUCGUUAGUUUGAAGUACAAAAUAAAUAUUUUAUUGUUGAAAUUAGGUAUCUUGUUAUUUUUGUCUUCCUAUCUUGAAAAAAUGUGCCAGCUUUUCUACCUCAUAAUUCUAGAAACACUGAUGCACUGUAUCAUGAAAUUAUAUUUUUGUGCCUUCACUUUAUUUAUGUUUUUGUUUGCCAAAUGUGCCUGAUUGGCUGUUUGAUAUGUUGCUUGGCAACACUGUGAGGUUGUGUGGUUAGGACUUAUCCAUUAUUUUUAUUUUGCUUUAGUAUAUUAAAUAUAUGUCAUCUAAAAGAUGAAAACCAUUUUUUGUUGUAAUAAUGAAAACAAAAGUUUUGUUACUAUAGUUAUUUCCACUGAGGAUUUUUUUUUUGUUGUUGAUUUCUACUGUUUUAUGCUAAGCAUUUUAAAAUGGUAAAAUUUUAUCAAUAUUUGGGCAUUAAUGAUUGCUUAUUUCAGAAAGAUAUAAAAUUAGUCCAGAGUUGGCCAGUUUAGAUGUAUAUUUCUGUCAUUAUAUUUUGAUAAUGAUUUAUGAAUUUGGGAUACUUUCUGCUAUUUAAUGGUUUCAAAAUAAAUAAAUAAAUGGGAAAAUAAAGUCAACUUGAAUCAUGUUAGCCUUUAUAGAAAAUAAGAUAGCACAUUAAUUUUUUUAUAUAAUUUUUUUUCUGAGAUGAUAAUUCAUAUAAGUUCUGAUGAAACCUAAAUACAAAAAAUUGAGGUUACAUUUUUUUUUAUUAAAAAAUAUAUGAUUCUAAGAAUGCUUCAAAGUAAUUUCUUUUUCAAAAAUGAUGAGUUUACUGUUGAUGCAUAAAUGCUUAAAUUUUAGUGAGCUAAAUUUUUGAAAUAAUGGUUUUAAAAAAUGACAAAAUUAUUUGGUUCAUUUUAAUAAAGGGUUAUUUCCCCUUCAUCUUAAGUAUCAUUUAUUAUACUGUUUUGGGAUAAUGAUUUUUUUUAUUAUUUAUCAUUUCUUUGUUAUGUUUUACAAUGCAUUACAUUAUAUUUGCUCAUAGUCAUUUUACAUGUACAUACUUAUAUACUGCUAUUUAUUUUGUUAAUGGAUAUUGUACCUGUUAUGUAUGCCUCCUUGUAAAUAAAGCUAUGAAUGUUGUAAAUGAAGUUUGUUAUUUCACCAUAUGCAUCCAGUUUCUGUAUCAUAAUUUCAACUU